ACCGGCGUGAUCGUCUCCCUCCCAUUGAGUACUAUAUGAAAGUACCCAAAAAUAUCAGAGAGGAUGUAUUUUUUAAGACUGUGAAACGUGGACACCUGCUAUUUGUUAGAGUUGCAAGUUACAUCCAUGAAUUACUCCAUUGUGUUAAGGUUCAAGCAACAUUGGGGAAUACAGUUAGAGACCUCUUUGAUACUGAUAUCAAGGCUCAUCUCCGUCUUGAAGAUUCCCAGCCAGAACCAGUAGAUCAAGACAACUUAGGACGAUGGAUGCUACGGACACGGUUAUGGGUUGAGGUGUUAGAAGUGGAUGCUACUGAUAAAUAUUUACUUGUUGGUACUAAUGGAGUCACCAUUCCACCACAUAUGAAAGAUAAAGUUAAACUUGGGAAGGUUACUCUGAAUGAUCGGCCAGCCAUCAUCAGUAAAAUGGAAGAUGGUACUGUAGCACCCUACAGUGAGGUUUUGGAAACACUUGCCCUGUACAACAAUCCACGCAGUAUUAGACACCUUGCUUCCAAGUUCGGCAUUAAUAUGUUUACUCACACAUCGUUAAUGCAAACAUUAAGAUACAAGUUUCCUGAUCGAGAGAUGUACAAAAAUCUGAGAAAGGCUCAAAUGUCUCGCUGGGCUCAUAAGUCAGUGGCAGAUGGAGUGGUUUUCUUCAAGCGAGGCCAGUAUGAGGAAGCUUUCCAGUGCCUCAACAAGGCCCUGCAGAUUGACAGCGAGAAUGUGGAAGCUUUUGUAGCAAAGGGUGCUUUAUUGGCUAAUUUGGGUAGGUUUGAGAAGGCUGUUGAAGACUUUGAGCAGGCCCUCAAAUAUAAUCCAAAACACAGCAAUGCUUGCAAAUAUAUAUGCGAGACACUUGUCGAACUUGGCAAGCACCGUAAAUUGUCACGCUCGUCUUCUUCAUCCACAACCAGUGAUGAAGAGCCAAGAACGAGAGAAAAGAAGAUUGACGAAGUUGACAGAUUGGCUGAACUAGAAAGAGUUAGGAGGCAGAGAGAAGCAGAACAGAAAAUGGUAGAGGAAGUUGCAGCUAAAAGACUGGAAGAGUUAGUAGCACGUAGAGUGGAAGAGGAAUUGGAACGGAGACGAGAUGAAAUAGAAGCUGAAGUGUUACGUCGAGUGGAGGAGGCUAAGCGCCUCAUGGAACAGCAGAUGCUAGAGGAGCUACAAGAAAAGCGUCGUCAGCAAGAAGAGGAUCAGAAGAAGCGAGAGGAGGAGGAACGUAAGCAACGUGAGGAACUGGAACGGAUUAUGGAAGAGAAUAAGCGGAAGAUAGAAAUUGCACAGAUGAAAUUGGAAAUAGGCACAGGUGGCCUACUGCUCAGGGAGCUUAGUAAAAAGACAGGUUUGGACAUGGCUGCUCUGGCUCUUACCAGACAAAUGUCAGAGUUAGCGGAUUUAGCCCAGUACUUCGGAAGACAACUGGACAAAAUAAUUACUUUUUUAACUUCUAUACUAUCCAAAAAUUAUCGCUUAACCUUUCUUGUCAAUUUUCUAAAUAAUCUCUUAGAUUCCCACAAGAAAAAAAGCAGAAGAAACCGAUCUAGAAGCAGAAGCAGAAGGUCCAGAAAUGGAAGUAGGAGCAUAAGCUACAGCAGCAGUAGUAGCACUAGCAGCAGUAGCAGUAGCACCAGCAGCAGCAGCAGCAGCAGCACUAGUCUCAGCAGCAGCAGUACGAGUGGAACCUCGGAUAGUAGCAGCAGAAAAAAGUAUAAAAAGAAAAAAUACAAGAAAAGGGAGAAGAAGGAAAAACAAAGCAAAACAGGAAAAUUACACAAAGAGAAACUAGAAGAAAAGUCUAAAUAUCCAUCAAACUACUCAAAAGUGGAAGAGGAUCCUAUACCAGAAUUAGAAAGCUUGAAUGAAAAGCUAUCUGCUUAUUAUAAGAAAGUAGAAGCUAGUCGAGAGUCGCUCCAAAAAGAUAAGAAAACUAAAGAAAAUUACUCAUCAGAGAAAGAAGGAGCAUCAGAGAAACCUGAUAGUAUUACUCUGAUGAUGAAUGUGAUGAAGAGCUAUGAGCAAGGGUUUCGUCUAUCAAAGACUAAAAUCGGGGCAAAUUCUACACCUAAUGUACAAGAAGUUCAUCCAGUAUUUAGAGAAAGUGAAGAAGAGUAUGAAAUUCUUGAUCAGGCAGUCAAAAGCAAUGUCAGUAAAGACAAAUCAUCAGUGAAAAAGGGUAAGGAUAUUGAAAGUCCCAAGAUACAAGAGUCCAAGUCAAAAUCUAGUAAUCACUCGAGAUCACGCUCUAAAAGCCGCUCUCGAUCACACUCAAGAUCACAGUAUAGGAAAAAUUCUCAUUCCCCAUUGCAUCAUAGGCAAGAUAUUCGCUCUCGUUCCCGUUCCAGAUCGCGUUGUCGUAGAGAGAGCCGUUCUCGAUCCAGGUCGAGAUUACAUUUAUACCGAAGCCCAAGAAGUAGAGAACGAGAAAUUAUGCAUGGCCGUGGCUAUGGCCAGGGUCGUGGCUAUGGCCAGGGCCAUGGAUUUGGCCAUGAAUAUGGCCAGGAAGGCUAUACACAUGGCCGCUACUAUGUCUAUAACAGGGGCCGUAGAUAUAAUAAGUGCGAGGUCAGAUAUCUUAGGGAUUUGACGAGGAGGUCACCUACUCAUGGCUCCUCUCGCUACCGAGGACACAGGGAGCAUGAACGUUCGAGAGACGACCAUAAUAUAGAAAAUCCCAAAGAUAGACAAAGAGAAAGAGAGAGCCCACAUCGCAGAGGCAACAAUUACCCAGAACCAUUAAACAAACUUGAGCGUGCAAUGAUAAUUGAAGCUGCAAAAACAAAAAUUGAAAGUCAGAUUAAGUAUGGGAUAAUUGGUGUGGACAUUCCUGAGACCCAAAGGGAAAUAUUGUGUCCCAAAACUCCAAGUCAUUUGGAAUCCUCAAGAAAUAAAUCACCUGGUAGAUCAAAAUCUUAUUCCAAAACUCCAAGUAGGUGGGAAUCUCCUCCUCCCAGAACUCCAGGUAGGUGUGAGCCCAGAACUCCAGGUAGGUGUGAACCCAAAACCCCAGGUAGAUGGGAAUCUCGUCCUAAAACUCCAAGUAGAUGGGAAUCUCGUCCUAAAAGUCGGUGGGAGCCACUUCACAAAACUCCAGGUAGGUGGGAAUCAUCUCAUCCCAAAACACCUAAUAGACAGGAUUCAUCCCACCCAAAAGCCUCAAAUAGAUGGGAAUCGUCCCGUCCAAAAACCCCAAGUAGACAAGAAUCGUCUCAUGCCAAAACUCCAAGAAGACAGGAAUUGUCUCAUCCCAAAACCCCAAGUCGACAGGAAUUGUCACAUCCCAAAACUCCAAAUAGGCAGGAGUCAUCUGGUAAAGGUUUUACCAACAAGGAUGGUGACAAGAUAUCUUCACCUUCAAGGAAAUUCUCUCCAGAGAACUCUUCUAGAUUCAACAAGUGGAACAAAGAAGAAAAUGGCAAAUCUGGGGAGCCCAAAAUAGGAAAUUCUCUGACAGAAAUGGAAAAUUUUGUUGAAAUUGAAAAACAAAAAAUAUUGGAAAAGAUGAAAGAAAGAAAUAAAGAAUUCUUAAAACCUGUUCUUAAUUAAUGCAAAAUGUAAGAAAGUUGCUAUAUAUAUAUCUAAGCUGAAAAUACAUUGUAUAAUCUUUUAAAUACUGUACUUUCAUUAUGCAUUUACCUGCUUAGCCAAAACAAGUAAACUUUAAAAGGUUAAAUAAUACUUUAUCCUAGGGGUGGCCCCUUUCAGGAAGGUUCCUAGGUGCCGGUGAGGGGCUCUUGAUCCAAGGAAUUGGACCUGACUUCCCCUCUCUUUGCUUGAACCGGAUGCCUCCCAUUCCCCAGGUGUUGUGACCCAUAAGGAUUUAGCACUUCCCCAUGAAUGUAAUAAUUUUCUUAGAUGUGAAUGAAUCGCAUCACAUCCUAUGAAAAUGAGCAUGGUAACUUUGUAACAGUCUGGCUACUGUUACAUGUUUUAUUAUGCUACAUAUUGUACUAGUUUUAACUUGAUUUUUGUGCAUUUACUUUUAUUCUUAUGAAAGCAAUUUGAAUAAAUUGUUUAUUAAUGAUUAUCUCACCAUAGCAAUCAUAAUAAUUGGUACUUAUUAAAGAUUUGUAUUGUCUGAAUAUUCAUUGGAAAGAUGAUCCUUUUAAAAACAGCAUGGAUUGUGCUUGCUGUAAAUAUUUAUCUUGAGAAUACAUUGUCUAUACACAUGGGAUUUACUUCCAUAAAAAAAAAAUUGUUAGAUAUGGAUAUUGUAUAAUUUUUGUCUUAGUUACUCCUGUAUCUCUUCGUAUGCUUGUGUUAAUAAAGUAUAGAACUAUGUGUCAUCUCAUUCAACUUGUAUAUAAAUAUUUCAUUCCACAUUUUCAAUAUUCAACAUCAUAUUUUAUUACUGGUUUUAGUUCAUUUCCAUUCAGACCUAGUUACCAAAUGGCUGUUAUAUUUCCAUAUUAAAUAGUCUGUAUUUAUCUAUAUCACUAAAACUUAACCCACUGUAAUUAAUUUGUGAAUAUUUUGAUUGUGCUAAUUACAUCGUAUUUAAA